UCCGAUCGGCAACCGAGACAUUCCCUGGCUAGAUUUUUUCUCCCGUAUUUCACCGUCGCGGAAUUCUUCCUCCCGAAAAGCUUUAAUUGCAGAUUGGCGAUGGCAACAUUUCUCAGUCGUGAGGCUUGCCCAACUUUGAAGAACAUACUUUUGCUGGAUUCGGAGGGGAAACGAGUUGCAGUUAAGUACUAUUCGGAUGACUGGCCAACUAACAGUGCCAAACUAGCUUUUGAGAAAUCCAUUUUCACCAAAACUCAAAAGACUAAUGCUCGGACCGAAGCUGAGAUAACCAUGGUGGAGAACAAUAUCGUUGUGUAUAAGUUCGUCCAAGAUCUGCACUUUUUUGUCACUGGUGGUGAUGAUGAAAAUGAGAUCAUCCUAGCAACUGUGUUGCAGGGGUUUUUUGAUGCUGUAACCCUUCUCCUAAGGAACAAUGUGGACCUGAGGGAGGCACUCGAAAACUUGGAUCUUAUUCUUUUGUGUCUAGAUGAGAUUGUUGAUGGAGGGAUCGUGCUUGAAACCGAUGGCAGCAUCAUUGCUGGCAAAGUGGCAACUCACAGCAUGGAUGAUGGUGCUCCGUUGUCCGAGCAGACAAUAUCUCAAGCGCUGGCGACAGCACGGGAGCACUUAACAAGAUCACUUCUGAGAUAAACUUGUAUCAUCUCGUAUUCCAUUCUUUUGACAUGUCGGCGCUAUGUACUUGUACUUUACCCCUAUUUGUUCCCAUGUUUCGUGUGAGCUACCCAUGACGUGAUAACAAAUUAUCUUCUUUUGCUGGUUAUAGUUUAGUGAAAACAUUACAUGCUGCUUCUCUUA